GCUGAAUGUGUAGUGAGUAAGAAACAUUGCUUUAGAGAAUCGUCAGGUAGUGUGCUUGCAAGUACUACAGUGUACAAAUCUAUUUGACCUUAACAGAACAAUAUUAUUUCACUUUAAUAAUAAUUCACGUUAGUGGAAUCAAUUCAAUUUCUUUCUUUGAUACCACUGAAUAUAUUUUGAAAUCUUUUUCUUCGCUGUUUAUUAUAGAAUAUAAAAUAAAUUUUUCAAAUUCUUUCGUGUUUUCAGAGAUUUUAGUGACUUUUUUUUAUGUUUACUGGUCUAAUGUUCCAACCAGACGUGCCACAGUCUCCGGCACAACCUCCACCCUCUUUCACAUUAAUAGGGAUGGCACUUUUGACAUCUCGUUCUGAAGAAUCAAACAUUAAUCAUGUCCGGCGUAGUGAGAAAGGCAGAUUCAGUGAAUACUUGUUUAAUAAUUCGCUGCUACUGACGGCAACUUCUUCAUCGUCUACAGAUUCUUCGGCUGUUGUUAAUCCUCGCUCUGCUAUGGAAGAAUCAAUGAGCAGAUUAUUUAUCAACUCCUCAUCAAGUGAUGAAAGCAAUAGCAACUCUGAACAACCUGCAGUAACUGAUCGUUUAUUAUACAGACAUAGUAUGGCAAUGUCUGCUGUUUACUGUGUUGCAUACAUUAUUGUUUUCGUUGUUGGAUUGAUUGGAAAUUGUUUUGUGAUCGCUGUGGUGUAUCGAUCACCACGAAUGAGAACAGUUACAAAUUUUUUUAUCGUUAAUCUUGCCGUUGCUGAUGUGUUGGUCAUCGUAUUUUGUCUACCAGCUACAUUAAUGAGCAACAUCUUUGUCCCUUGGGUUCUUGGAUGGUUUAUGUGCAAAACUGUUCCCUAUAUUCAAGGCGUAUCAGUUGCUGCUUCUGUAUAUAGUCUCGUUGCAGUUUCUUUAGACAGAUUUCUGGCAAUUUGGUGGCCGUUAAAAUGUCAGAUUACAAAAAAGAGAGCUCGACUUAUGAUUAUAAUUAUAUGGUUUAUUGCUCUGACAACAACAUUGCCAUGGCUACUAUUUUUUGACUUGGUGGCAAUUUACGAAGAAGAUCAUCCAGAUUUAAGGUUGUGCAUUGAAAUGUGGCCUAGACCACAAUAUGGUUCUUUAUUUUUUCUCAUUGGUAAUUUGAUGCUUUGCUAUGUUUUACCAAUGUUGUUAAUUUCCUUAUGUUACGUAUUAAUAUGGAUACGAGUUUGGAAGAGACAUAUUCCCACAGACACUAAGGAUGCACAAAUGGAAAGAUUGCAGCAAAAGUCUAAGGUUAAAGUUGUUAAAAUGUUGGUUGUGGUAGUUAUUUUAUUUGUACUAUCCUGGCUGCCAUUAUAUGUUAUUUUUACUAGAAUCAAAUUGGGUGGUGAUAUUGCUGAUUGGGAAGAUGAAAUAUUGCCCAUAGCAACGCCCAUAGCUCAAUGGUUAGGUUCCAGUAAUUCUUGCAUCAAUCCAAUACUGUAUGCAUUUUUUAAUAAAAAAUAUAGGCGUGGUUUCAUGGCUAUUUUAAAGAGUGGCAGAUGUUGCGGUAAAUUGCGUUACUAUGAAACUGUUGCUAUUAUGUCGUCCUCUACAAGCAUAAGAAAAUCAUCGUAUUAUGUUAACAACAACAACAACAAUAAUAAUAAUAGUAAUAAUAAUAAUAGUAAUAAUAAUAAUAUUUACCACCAUCAUUAUCAUCAUCAUCAUCCUGCAAGGAGAAACUUUCAUGGACCUCCUGUUCAUCAAGAUAGCAAUGUUUCAUACAUUUUUAACCAUAAUGGAGUGUAAAGAAUUAAAUUGAUUGAUUUUUAAAUCAAGAACCGUGUUAAUUGAGAGCAAACGUCUUAUGACGAUGCUUAAAACAGCCGUGAUAGGCUGAAUCAGGCCGGAUGAUGAGUUUAUGUGGAUCAAGUAAGAACUCGUUCCGGAAGCUGGGUACAGUAUGUACAGUGCACAUUAUUUGUGCAUACAAACAAUUAUAUCGACAACCACUACCAACUAUAUAGUACACAAUCGUGUUGAAUGCUUUCUGAAAGCAAUGAUUGCGCUUUUAAAAUCUCGCAACUUACACACAAUAUUUGAAAGAGAAAAUGAUGUAUAUCUAACUACACCGUCAUACAUCACACGUGAAAUAUUGUCAAUUUAUGUUGGUGCUACAUUAACUUCUUUUUUUUUUUAAUUAACGACUUGUGCAUUUCAACAUUGUGCAAUUUUAACAUGAUUAUAAAGAAUACACAUUUCUUUUUGCUUUAUUGUCAUUCGUUAAAAUAAUUCUCCUGUCACAAUGUUGUCAAAGUAUUUUAUUAUUAUAACACGCUGUGAGAAAAUGAUAUUUUAAAAAUAUUUCAAGAAAUAAAUUAUUUUUAUAUAGGAGGAGGAAUGCGUUUAUUGCUUUUAAUGAUUUGCGAUUAAUGGUACAAAAAAAACAGUAUCUGUAACUUUUAUAAAAUUUCAAUCAAUGCUAUAUUUAUAUUCUACAACUUUUUCUUUUAUUGUCUACAUAAAAUAAGUAUGUAAUGCGUAGAAAAAAAUUCAAGUUUGAUCUCAAAAAUAAUUACUUUCUAGGAAAUUGAAAAAAAGAAAAUAAAAACUAAUCACUAUACGUACGCGAUUAUCUGUGUAUGCAUCGAAAUAUUCACAAAUAUA